GAACCGGCACUGGGAACCCGAACCAGCACUGGGAACAGGAACCGGCACUGGGAACCGGGACCGGCACUGGGAAAUGGAACCGGCACUGGGAACCCGAACCGGCACUGGGAACAGGAACCGGCACUGGGAACCGGGACCGGCACUGGGAACCGGGACCGGCACUGGGAGCGGGUGACGGGGCCGGCAGCGGGCCCAGGCCCGUCUCGGUGCGGGGGAACGGCCCCGCACGGAGCAGCCGCGCUCCCGCCGAGCCCGCCCGGCCCGGCUCUUCCGGCGGCGCCGGGAGGAGGAGGAGCCGCGCCGGGAAGGUCACCGGGAGCGGCACCGGGAGCGGCACCGGGAGCGGCACCGGGACCAUGCUGCGGCCCAGACCGGCCGCGCUCGUUUCGCUGAUGAGGGCGGCGGGGGGCGGCCGCCGGUGCCGGGACCCCUCGGGGGGGGCGCGGCUCCCGUCGCUCUGCUCCGCGCCCCCGGCGCAGCCGGUGAUCGCCGCCAAGGAGCCGUUCCUGGUGGAGCUGCAGGCGGGGAAGACCUACAGCUGGUGCGCCUGCGGGCACAGCAAGCGCCAGCCCUUCUGUGACGGCGCGCACCGCAGGGAGGCCCCGGCGCUGUCCCCGCUGCGCUUCAGCCCCGCCCGGGCCGGUGCCGCGCUGCUCUGCGGCUGCAAACGCACCCGGAGCCCCCCGUACUGCGACGGCUCCCACCGGGAGAGCGCCGGGCAGGCGGCCCCGCCGGCCCCCCGCGCCUGAGCGGGGCCCGGGGACACCGGGAGCACCGGGAGCUCGGGAACACCGGGAGCUCGGGAGCACCGGGAGCUCGGGAACACCGGGAGCACCGGGAGCUCAGGAGCACCGGGAGCUCGGGAGCACCGGGAGCACCGGGAGCUCGGGAGCACCGGGAGCUCGGGAGCACCGGGAGCUCGGGAACACCGGGAGCUCGGGAGCACCGGGAGCUCGGGAACACCGGGAGCUCAGGAGCACCGGGAGCACCGGGAGCUCAGGAACACCGGGAGCUCAGGAACACCAGGAGCUCGGGAGCACCGGGAGCUCGGGAACACCGGGAGCUCAGGAACACCGGGAGCUCGGGAACACCGGGAGCACCGGGAGCACCGGGAGCUCGGGAACACCGGGAGCUCGGGAGCACCGGGAGCACCGGGAGCACCGGGAGCACACAGGAAUUGUUGAAUUCCACACAGGAAUUGUUGAAUUGCACACAAGAAUUGCUGAAUUCCAUGGAGAAAUUGUUGAAUUCCCUGUAGGAAUUGUUGAAUUCUACACAAGAAUUGCUGAAUUCCAUGGAGAAAUUGUUGAAUUCCCUGUAGGAAUUGUUGAAUUCCCUGUAGGAAUUGUUGAAUUCCACACGGGAAUUGCUGAAUUCCCUGUUGAAUUGUUGAAUUCCACACAUGAAUUUGUUGAACUCCCUGCAGGAAUUAAUUCCCUGUAGGAAUUGUUUCAUUCCAUGCAGGAAUUGCUUAAUUCCGCACAGGAAUUGUCGAAUUCCAUGCAGAAAUUGUUGAACUCUUUGCAGGAAUUGUUCCCUGCAGGAAUUUUUUCCCUUCCCCCAGACCCUUCCUACCCUCUCCCCUCUCUGGAGCCUCCUGGCCAAAGGUGCCGAAAUCUGAUUUUUAUUUUUAUUUUUAUUUUUAUUUUUAUUUUUAUUUUUAUUUUUAUUUUUAUUUUUAUUUUUAUUUUUAUUUUUAUUUUUAUUUUUAUUUUUAUUUUUAUUACAAACGCACCCACGAGGGCAGGAGAAGAGGCUGGGAAGGGUGAGACACCAAAAAUAAAAAAAAUUUGGGAUCGUGGGAA